UUGUCUUAUUUUUUGAAUUACUAAUUCUACUUAUUAUAAGUCAUUAUUUGCCAUUUUUUUGAAAAGCUUAAGCCGUCAGUAUAGAUGUUAAACUUGGUCACUUCUAUGUGCAAGAACAAGCUAUAUUCUCAUCUUACAUGUUCAAGAAAAAAAAUGAAAAUUGCCAAGAUUUGUGAAGUGGUUAUCAAGCCAUCAUCUCCAACUCCAAUUGAACUUAGAGAGCACAAAAUCUCUUUCAUAGAUGAAAUAAUACCUCAUUCUUCAAUUCCAAUCAUUUUGUUUUAUAAAAGGAGUGAAACCAUCACACAAUCACAAAUAUGCAGCCACUUAAAAACUUCACUUUCCCAAACAUUAACUCAAUUUUACCCUUUGGCUGGAAGAAUGAAGUCCCAAUAUUCAAUUGAUUGCAAUGAUGAGGGAGCUUACUAUCAAGAAUCACAAGUGGAUGCUUCACUUUUAGACAUAAUCAAGAAUCCAAAAUCCAAUGAAUUGGUCCAACUCACACCUUACAAUUCAGAUGGGACUUCAUUGAAUUUUCAAGAACUUUUAGCCAUUCAAGUUAACUUAUUCAAUUGUGGUGGCAUAGCAAUUAGUAUCUCCAUUUCACAUAAGCUUGGUGAUGCUUCUAGCCUUUGCACAUUCAUCAAGUAUUGGUGCAAUGCAAGUGAAGGAUUAAUAAGCAACACAUGUUGCAUGGACUCUUCAGAAAUGUUGUUGCACACGAGUCAGACUUUUCAAAAAUACACUACUUUAUCCGACAUGCACCCACCAACAUUUUUGAAGAGCCCUAACAACACAGGGGCCAACAAGGUAAGAAAAGACUCUAUUUUCGUCUCUUUAUCAUCAAUUUUUCCACCAAGAGAGACAGCUGAUGACAUGCCAAAGGAAAACUGCAUACCAAUUCAUCCUGUAGCUGAAAAACUAGAGGUAAAAAGAUUCAUUUUUACUAAUUCAAAUAUAACUAAAAUGAAGGAUAAGUUGAUCAAUUGGGGUUACAAUGAAAACGCGACGAGUGUAGAAGUUAUUAUAGCUUUGUUAUGGAAAUGUUUCAUGGCUGCAAAAAGGUGCAACUCUGUUGCAAUCGUUCCAGUGAAUAUAAGGCAUAGAAUAGUUCCACCCUUGGAUGAAAAUUCAUUUGGUAACUUUUUUUUAAUAACAAGUUCUAUAGCAAGUGUGGAAAAUGAAUGGAUUUCAUUGGUAGGAAAAAUAAAGUGUGCAAUUGGGAGAAUUGAUGGUAAUUACGUGGAGAAAAUCCGCGGAGAGGAUGGUUUUGAGUUUGUAAACAAUAAUUUCAAUGAAGUCGGAAAAUUUAUCACGAGCCAAGAGGAUGAUAUUCGCGUGUUAAGAAUUUCAAGUUGGUGUAAAUUUCCCAUUUAUGAAGCAAACUUUGGAUGGGGUCAGUCUAUUUUAACGAUUAUCGCGAUACUUGGAGUAAAAGAUAAUAUUGUUUUAUUAGAUUCUAUAGAAUUUCCUGGUGGAAUUGAAGCUUGGGUUGUUAUGGCUGAUCAAGAAAUGACAUUGCUUGAACAGGACAAACAACUCCAAGAUUUUACUUCAGUAGAUGCAACUUGUGAUCUCAAUUGAAGUUGAUUUAAUUUUCUAUAAAGCAAAAAGUAAUAUUAUGCUUUGGUG